CUUCUGCUAUUCGUCAGGUUCAACAUCUAGAAUUUUCUCUAGAAUUCUCUCCUUCCGAAUACCAUCUUCUUAUCAUUUGUCUCUCCACAUUCGGGUAGUUCUUGUAUGGCAGUGAGUUUGCUAGGCCAUGAAGUGUCUGAUCUUUGCCUUGGGAAGCCAGCGCUGAGGUCUUUGCCCGUGUCCGCCACCGUCGCCGACGCGUUGGCCGCUUUGAAGAGGUCCGGCGACGCCUACCUCAGCGUAUGGAGUUGUGAUCACACCUCCAAGAUCAACAAGUCCCAUCUCGAGGAUUGUAGGUGUAUUGGCAAGAUUUGCAUGGUGGAUGUUGUUUGCUUUUUGUGCAGAGAAGACAACCUCUCUUGUCCUUCUGAUGCGCUGCAGUCUCCUCUUUCUCUUCUUCUUCCUAAGGUCCCUGGACUCGUUAGGCAUUUGAAGCCAAACUCAAGGUUACUGGAGGCCAUUGAUUUGAUGCUGGAAGGUGCACAGAACAUUGUAAUACCAAUUCAAAGUCGCACCAACCCAAGGAAAAAGCUUGUCCCCAAACCCUCAUUCAAUUCGACUCUCCACAACGGCGUCGAAUUCUGCUGGCUUACCCAAGAAGACGUAGUUCGCUUCCUCCUCAACUCCAUCGGCAGCUUCUCUCCACUCCCGGGCUUGACCAUCGAGUCCCUUAAUAUCAUCGACACAGAAAACAUCCCGUCCGUCUACUACCAUGAUCCGGCCUCCUCUGCAUUGACCGCCAUCUCUCAAUCCCUCAUCAACCAAACCUCCGUCGCGGUCCUCGACCAAGAGAACAAACUAGUCGGCGAAAUCUCGCCGUUCACUCUUGCUUGCUGCGACGAGACUGUCGCGGCGGCGAUCGCCACCCUCUCGGCCGGCGAUCUAAUGGCGUACAUAGACUGCGGUGGCCCGCCAGAGGACCUAGUCCAGUUGGUGAAGGCAAGGCUGGAAGAGAGGAAGUUAGGGGCAUUUUUAGAUCUAAUGGACGAGGAAUUUUCAUAUUCUUCUUCUUCAUCUUCUGAUGAAGAAUUCGGUUUUGGUAGGCGUGGCGGGUCGGGUAAAUAUUCAGCAAGAAUGGCGAGGAGGUCUGAGGCGAUAGUAUGUUAUCCAUGGAGCUCAUUGAUGGCAGUGAUGAUUCAAGCACUUGCGCAUCGUGUGAGUUAUGUUUGGGUGAUUGAGGAGGACUGGAGUUUGGCCGGAAUCGUGACAUUUUCCGGCAUUUUUAAAGUUUUCCGACAACAUCUCCGGACUCAGGCGUAGGACUAGAGACGAUAGCAUCACACAAAGACACUUCCCAACAAGCUAUCACCAGCAAGGACAAAAAACAUUAAUAAUAACAUUUGUUGUUUUGUGUGUGUGUAAUAUUUAAGAUAAUGCAGAGCUAAAUUGAGUUAA